CUGUUGUUUUAGGCACAAAGCUGCGCACGUUAUACGAUCGGUAAAAUUCGUCGCAACCCCAAUGCCCUUUAACAACUGCCUUUACCCGAAUAUUGGGGAACAUGACAUCAGCACUUCACCUCAUGCAUGGGCGCCUACAUACCAACAUCUUCAGAGAUGAAGCUCGCCAGAAGUUUAUCACACUUUUGGAGAAGGGCACGGGUACCAAGGCGAUCGUCUGGGAUGAGCGGCUGACAGGCCCAUUCGGCCUGGUGGCCGAGUACUCGUUCUUGCGCGAGCAGGACGUGAUCAAGAUGUUCCCGCUGCGGCCGGGCCGGCUACCGCCCAGCGACGUGGACAGCAUAUUCUUCCUGGUGCGGCCCGAGCUCGCCCUCAUGGACAUGGUGGCCGAGAACGUACAGAGGGAGGAGGAGCAGGGCGGGCGCCGCAAAAAGUUCCUCCUCUGCUUCGUGCCGAGCGGCAGUCGCGCCUGCGAGCGCGUGCUGGAGGACCGGCGCGUGCUGGGCACGUUCGCCGAGCUGACGUAUCUGGAUGUGCGCCUGCUGCCGCUUGACGCCGACCUGCUCUCGAUGGAGUACCCGGACGGCUUCAAGGAGUACACGCUAGAGAAUGACCCGAGCUGCCUGUUCGAGGCUGCGCAGGCGCUGCUGGACAUUCAGCUCAAGUUCGGCAUCAUCCCCUCCAUCUGCGGCAAGGGAACUGCCGCUAGAAAGGUGUACAACUACAUGCUGAACCUGCGGCGCGAGCGACCGGACUCGGAGUUCCCGGCCGUGUGUGAGAUCGACACUCUGCUGCUGAUUGACCGCGAGGUCGACCUCAUCACGCCCAUGGCCACCCAGCUCACCUACGAGGGCCUGAUCGACGAGAUUUUCGGCAUCAACAACAACACGGUCAGGCUGCCGUCAGAGAAGUUCACCAAAUCGGACGGCGGCCCCAUCGAGCUGCAGAACGAGCGGAAGCAGUUUCUGCUCAGCUCCGCCGAGGAGCUGUACGCCGACGUCAGAGAUAAGAAUUUUAACGCGGUGGGCCCAGCACUGAGCAAAAAGGCGAAGCAGAUAUCGGCCCAGUAUGAAGAACGGCACUCCCAGUCGGUCAGCGAGAUGAAAAACUUCGUCAAGAACGUUUUGCCAUCCAUUAAAUCCGCCAAGGAGUCCCUCGCCCUCCACACCUCGAUCGCCGAGCUAAUCAAGGAGCGGACGGACAGCGAGGCGUUUCUCGAGUCGCUGCAGGCUGAGCAGGAGAUGAUGAAUGGUAUCGACACCGAACGGCCGCAGCCGCACAUCGAGGAACUGAUCGCGAGGAAGGCCGACCUCACCAAGGUGCUGCGGCUGCUGUGCCUGCAGUCGGCGUGCAGCUCGGGCCUGCGGCAGCGUCUGCUCGACCAGUACCGCCGCGACCUGCUGCUGACGUAUGGCUUCCAGCACGCGGCCACGCUGGACCAGCUGGAGCGGGCCGGCCUGUUGCGCGCGCAGGGGCGCGGCUCUUACGCCGCACUGCGCCGCGCGUUCCGCCUCACCGUUGACGACGUCAACGAGCAGGCGCCCACCGACAUCUCCUACACGUUCAGCGGGUACGCGCCGCUGUCGGUGCGGCUGGCGCAGCUGCUGGCGCGUCCGGGCUGGCGCUCGUCGGCCGACGCACUGGCGCUGCUGCCGGGGGACACGCUGCAGGAGGAGCAACGGGCGCCGGCGGCGGCCCGCAACCGGCGCGACACGGGUCCGCUCGGCCUGGCCGCCGACGACGCCCGGCUCACGCUGGUCUUCUUCCUGGGCGGCGUCACAUUCGCAGAGGUGGCCGCGCUCCGCUUCCUCUCCGGCCAGGAGGACGCUCCCACCGAGUACGUGGUAGCCACGACCAAGAUGAUCAACGGUAAGGCGCUGAUCGCCUGUCUGUCGGAGCAGCUGACGCCGCCCAGCUGAGCGCCGCCGUCUGACCCCUUCCUGGCCGUAGCUGGUGCCCCUGCCUCCCGGCGGCGGUCCCCGCUCCCCAGGCGGGAGCGUCGGCCUCCGCCGGCUGCCGUUGUCCGGCCGGACGGGGCUACCUGUGUCGGCUGGCGGCAGGGACGCGGCGCGGGUCUGCCCGGCUCUGCGACGCUGCAACGGCUGUGCCUCGUAUCCGGCACGGCACCCUAUAUCAUGGGUAUGAUGAGCCUGAGUGAACCCAGGCUGAAAGCACAUGGUGCAUUUAGUUCACCAGUUCUCGAACAUUGAUACGCCGGGUACCACCGUAUUGGCCCACGAUACAUGUAUCUCGUGUGUACUCGCUUUGUUUAUCGCGUUUGAGUGUUGCAAUACUGUUUGAUCGAACGAAGUGUCAGUUUACCGAGCGGCUUGCUUCCGAGGACCAUAACCUGACCGGCAUCGCCUUACACCCUGCUAUGGUAAUGGUGAAGCCGUGUAGCUGCCGACGGAAGCGAAUCUGCUGACGUUCCUGAAAUACAGGCCGUCGCUUAAGGAUGCA